AUGGGAAAUGCCCAAACAAGCUCACAUUCAUCACGUUAUCGAACUAAACGGCUUGGAAGGCAACGAAGGUUGUCCGAACCCGACAGUGACAUAAAUUCAAAUAAGUUGGGUCCAAGUCGAGGACUAUCAAGCUCAAUGGCUACAACCCCUACAACUCCUCCUCGCAUACAGAUUAAUGGAAUGGAUUCAAUGGAAGAGAGUGAUGGAUUAGCUCCUAAAAGUAGUAGUAUGGAAAUUCCUAGAUCUGCAUCUGUUGGAACGCCUGCAACAUUGAGAAGAAUGCAAUUCCUAAGUUCGAGUGGAAACCUUAACAUCAGAAGUCUGGACGACGCAAGAGGAAGCAUGACUGAUCUCCAAAUGAAACCAUUGGGACGAGCUAAGAGCCAUUCGCCCUUAAAACAAAUGAGGACAUACAGCUACCGAUCUUUGAGCUCUGAAGAAAAUGCCUUGGACAAAACGAAAUGUGAAGAAAUAAGAAGAACAUGGCAAAUGUGUCUGGCUAAAACAACUACUAUGGGUCGAGAUUUUGGUUAUUUUGUUUUUCAAAGAAUAUUCGAGAAGUCUCCUAUACUAAAACAGUUGUUCGGACUUGAAGAAGAUAAAGAUCUAAGCGAUGCGUCGGAAGACCAUGAAGUAAUGAGACACACUCGUCUAUUUACUAACAUUAUUCAUUUGGCUGCAAAAAAUGUUGAUGAACUUGAACUUCAAGUAGCACCGACAAUUUUCAAAUAUGGCGAAAGACAUUUCAAUUCAAAAGCGACAGCUCACAUGACAGAAGAAAAUGUUCGCAUGGUCUGUGCUCAAGUAGUUUGUACUGUAUGUGACUUAUUAGCAGACGAAUGUCAACCAUCCUAUGUAGAAAGCUGGAUAGAGAUGAUGAGAUACCUUGGAAGAAAACUCUUAGAUGGUCAUGAAUAUGCGAAGCUCUCAUCAAAGCACCACAUUAGUAUCAAAGGCAACGAUCGGCAUCUAUUUCUGAUGUUAUAG